AUGUCGAUCGGUAAAAUCGCGGAAUUUAAUGUGCGGUCGGACAAUUGGCGGUUAUAUGUGGAGCGUCUAGAACAGUAUUUUAUUGUUAAUAAGAUAGCGAGCGAGCUAAAAGUACCAACGCUAAUCACCGUAGUCGGAUUAGAGUGCUACGAAUUAUUGGUAGAUUUGUGUACCCCAGACAAACCGUCAUCUAAAACUUUCGAACAGUUGACUAAAAUUCUAGAAAAACACUUGCAACCCAAGCCGAGUGUUUUAGCAGAACGUUUUAAGUUUCGACAUAGGAAGCAAGUGAGCGGUGAAUCGUUAGCGGAAUAUGUAGCUGUGUUAAAAAAACUGUCUAAAACCUGUGAGUUCGGGACGUGGUUGGAAGAAAGCCUGAGGGAUCAAUUUGUAUGCGGUAUACAGUGUGAAGCGAUACGGCAGCGUUUAUUUCAAGAGGAUCAUCUCGAUUUUUCGAAAGCGUAUCGUUUGGCCGUCAGCAUGGAGGCAGCUGAGAAGGAUGCAGCGGCAGUGGAGAGUCAGGCUGUGGCGUCGGGCGGAGUGCCGGCGGUGACGGCAGUGUGUCGGGCGGCAGUAGCGGCCGCAGCGAGACCAUCGGCCACGAGCGGUGCGCUCGGCCGGCGCGCGGAGCGGACAGCGGCGGCGAGACCGUCGGCCACGAGCGGAGAGCUCGGCCGGCGCGCGGAGCGGACAGCGGCGGUGGCGGAGUCGUCGCGGUGGCAGGCGGCGGCCGGGGCGCGCUGUCGCGCCUGUGGCGGUCGGCACGGCGGGUUACCGUGCAGGUUUACGCGCUAUGUGUGCAGGGCGUGCAAGCAGCAAGGGCACCUGCAGCGGGUCUGUCCUAAUGUGACGGGCGCUUAUAACAUCGAGACGGGAAAUACGAUGAAAGCGGCAACGUCUACAGAUAGCGAAGAGAGUGAUGAGGUAAUAGUAGUUGAACUAAACCAAUUAGCUUUAGAACAAUGUAAACCAUUCAUGGUGACCUUGAAUGUUCAAAAUAAAGCCAUUUCCAUGGAAUGUGAUACGGGUAGUGCAGUUUCCAAAUAUUGUGAAGUAUUUGCGGAGGGCCUCGGACGGUUCACCGGUGGCGCGGCGAGUAUUCACAUACGCGAGGGAGCGCGGCCGGUGUUCAUGCGUGCGCGCCCGCUGGCGUACGCGCAGCGCGAGCCGGUGGAGCGCGCGCUUGAGCAGAUGGUGCGCGAUGGCAUCCUCACACCUGUCGAGCGCUCGGACUGGGCCACGCCGAUAGUGCCAGUUAUGAAGAAAGACGGUAAUGUACGGAUUUGCGCUGAUUACAAAUUAACUCUCAAUAAGGUAAUCGAGAUUGACCGUUACCCGCUACCUCGUACGGAAGACUUGCUCGCACGGUUACACGGGGGCGAGUUGUUUACUAAGAUAGACCUUUCACAGGCCUACGCUCAGAUUGAAUUAGAUGAUAGUAAGAAAUAUACAGUAAUUAAUACGCACAAGGGACUUUUUAUGUUUAAUCGUUUAGUGUUCGGGUUAUCGUCUAGCCCAGGCAUUUUUCAAAAACGGUUGGAGCAAUUAUUUUCUGAUUUACCAUACGUAGGAGUAUUUUUAGAUGAUAUUAUAAUAACGGGACGGAAUAAUCAAGAACAUGUUGAGAAUUUACAUAAAGUAUUUGAGCGUUUAAAAGUUAGCGGUCUCAAGGUAAAGAAAGAUAAAUGUGAAUUCUUCCAAGAGUCAAUUUGUUACUUGGGACAUGUUAUUAAUAAACGAGGUAUACAUACUAACCCUGAAAAGGUUAAGGCUAUUGUUAACACUCCCGCACCCACCACUGUAUCUGAGCUUAGGUCUUUCAUAGGUAUGGUCAUGUAUUACGCUAAGUUUAUAAAAAAUGUUAGUACUAUUUUAGCACCGCUAUACAAUUUACUGCGAGCUAAUGUCAAAUUCAUAUGGACUAAGGAAUGUGAAAGGGCCUUUCAUUGUAUAAAGGAAAAACUAAGUUCUAGCGAAGUAUUGGUGCAUUACUCAAGCGACUUGCCGCUAAUACUGACGGCGGACGCGAGCGGUGUAGGGGUAGGGGCCGUCAUCUCACACAGUACUCCCGAGGGCGAACGGCCUAUAGCUUAUGCAUCGCGCUCAUUAACGGCAGCCGAACGGGCGUACUCACAGAUUGAUAGGGAAGCUUUAGGAAUAGUAUAUGGAAUCAGAAAAUUUCAUCAAUAUCUGUAUGGUCGGCGUUUCACAUCAAGAACAGACCAUAAGCCACUUACUUAUAUUUUUGGUAAUAAAACAGGCAUUCCGAUCAUGGCUGCUUCGCGGUUGCAGAGAUGGGCGGUGUUGUUGGCGGGAUAUAAUUAUGAGAUAGAGUACGUGUCGUCACAAAAAAACUGUGCGGAUGCGUUGUCCAGGCUGCCGCAGUGCGGUGUCACGGAUAAAAAGAUCAAAGAAAGUACGUACUUAAAUUUUGUGGAAACAUUCUUGCCCGUGACUAAUGACGAUAUAAGAACGGCUACUAGCAGGGACGCAUUACUUAGUAAAAUAGUUUAUUACGUUCAUUCUGGAUGGCCUUGGACCUGCCCGGAGGGUGAAGAAUACAAGCCAUAUUAUAAUAAGCGUAAUGAAAUAUAUAUAGAUCGAGGAUGUUUAAUGUGGGGCUAUAGGGUUAUAGUACCAGCAGCGUUACGUAGUGUAGUAUUGAAGCAACUUCACGCUAGUCACAUGGGUAUAGUUAAAACUAAGGGUAUAGCGCGGAGUUACGUAUGGUGGCCGAACAUAGAUGUCGAUGUGAAAACCGUGUGCAGGCAAUGCGAAACGCGAAAGUAUGCUGUCGGACAUAUGGUGUCCGUCAUGGCGUCCAACGUGUUAAUAUUAAUCGAUUCCAGUAGUAAAUGGCUGGAAAUAUUUGAAAUGCCUCGAAUGAACGCUACAUCGGUUAUAAAAAUGGUAAGGGCAACGUUUGCACGUUUCGGCUUACCGACCGAGGUCGUGUCGGACCGUGGGCCACCUUUUACGAGUCACGAGUUCAGAGACUUCUUAGUAAGAAAUGGUGUCCGUCAAUCGUUUUCACCGGUUUAUCACCCUUCAUCCAAUGGGGCCGCGGAAAAUGCAGUGAAGCUUUGCAAGCGGGUGAUUAAAAAGGCCAUGCGGGAGGCAGUCGAUGUAGACGCUGCUCUUCAAACCUUUCUGCUGUCAUAUCGAAAUAGCGUGCAUAGUAGUACCGGUGAAAGCCCUUCCAUGUUGCUUCAAAAGCGUAUUCUUCGUUCUCGGUUGGAUCUCCUAAGAGGCAAACGUGCCCGUGAGGACAGCGUGCGGGACGCACAGGCGCGCCAAGUACAAUAUGCGGGGGGUGUGCCACGUAACUUACACGUAGGAGACCAAGUUAUGGCUAGGGGCUAUGGCGGUAAUGAUAAAUGGCUAGACGGUACGAUAAUAAGUAGAGAGGGGUCCCAAAGGUACAUUGUCGAAAGCGGUAACGGUCAGAAGUUCCAUAGACAUAUUGAUCAAAUAAAGCGCAAAUCCCGUUAUUCGGGAAGGUUGAGCUCGGCAGGUGAGGGGGAGGUCGUCGCACAACCAGAUGAUAAAGAUAACCUGGAAUUAAAUAAUGGAAUACCAGAAAAUUGUAUCGGUGGGGAGGAUGAUAACGGUAGGGCUGAUAAGCAGGUAGAUGACCUUGCACUAAAUGAACCUUGUUCAUCUAAUGGUUGUUCACCCCAGUCACCGCUGAACCGUCCUAAGCGCCAAAGAAAACCUGUUAUUAGAUACGGAAUAGAUGUUUAA